UCCCCAGGGUUGGCGGUGCCAGCAAAAGUGGUCCCUAUAGAUUGUAGCGCAUAAAUACAUUUAGACACGGCGUACAUGAAAAAACACACAGAUAUACUGUGCUGAUUACAACUGGAACUGAAGCAGCUCACUCUACCUACUCUACGGAAAUGAAUCUAUACUGACAGCCCCGGUCGUCAAAACGAGCGCAUCCACUGUGUUUUUUUUGUCGGCGGUCCCAUUCAUGCCUUAGCAGCAGAUUGUUAGCUAACACGCUACACAUAUCAAAUCAUAUCGCUGGGUUUUUAUACACAACAGAGUUUGCAAGUAUAUGUGUAUAAGGGGACGAAAUGAACAGUCGACUGCAAGAAAUCCGCGAACGACAAAAGCUGAGGCGCCAGCUUUUGGCACAACAGUUGGGAGCUGAAAGUGCAGACAGCAUUGGAGCUGUCCUAAACAGUAAAGAUGAACAAAAAGAGAUAGAAGAAACAAGAGAAACAUGCAGAGCUUCAUUUGAUAGCUCAACACUGUCUUCCAAAAGAAAGGCACAAACAGAUGGAGAGGACACAGAGGAAGAUCUGGAGGAACCGAAGGAUGAAGUGGAGGUGCAGCAGUUGGAUGAAAGCAACCCCUAUGAGGAGGUGUAUAAGGACUCAAGUACAUUCCUUAAGGGUACUCAAAGUUUGAACCCUCAUAAUGACUAUUGUCAGCACUUUGUGGACACAGGACACAGGCCACAAAAUUUUAUUCGAGAUGUGGGUUUGGCUGAUCGAUUUGAAGAAUACCCCAAACUCCGAGAGUUGAUCAGACUAAAGGAUGAACUCAUCUCCACCACCAAUACACCUCCCAUGUACCUCCAAGCUGAUCCUGAACACUUUGACCUGCAAGAUUUGAAGUGCAAGUUUGAUGUUAUUUUGCUCGAACCACCCUUAGAAGAGUACUACAGAGAAUCAGGCAUCAGCCAGACUGAACGCUGCUGGAAUUGGGAUGAUAUCAUGAGACUUGAAAUUGAGGAGAUCUCAGCCCUGCGUUCCUUUGUUUUUCUGUGGUGUGGCUCCGGUGAAGGCCUGGACUUGGGCAGAAUGUGUUUGAGGAAGUGGGGCUUUAGAAGAUGUGAGGACAUCUGCUGGAUCAAGACUAACAAAAACAACCCAGGCAAGACCAAGGCACUGGACCCAAAAGCAGUGUUUCAGAGGACCAAAGAACACUGUCUAAUGGGAAUCAAAGGAACAGUACGUAGGAGUACUGAUGGUGACUUUAUCCAUGCCAAUGUGGACAUUGAUUUGAUCAUCACGGAGGAGCCUGAGAUGGGAAACGUAGAGAAGCCUGUAGAAAUAUUCCACAUCAUUGAGCAUUUCUGUUUGGGCCGCAGGAGGUUGCACCUUUUUGGGCGAGAUUCAACCAUCAGACCAGGCUGGUUGACAGUGGGUCCUACUUUGACAAACAGUAACUUUAACCCGGAGGCCUAUGCCUCACAUUUUGGUGUGCCCAAUACCCAUCUCUCUGGCUGCACAGAAGAAAUAGAGAGGCUGAGGCCCAAAUCUCCCCCUGCUAAGCUGAAGUCAGACCGCGGUGGUGGUGCACCCAGAGGAGGACGAGGUGGAUCAAAUGCAGGAAGAGGUGGAGACAGGGGCCGCGAAAGAAACCGACCAAAUUUUCGUGGGGACAGGGGAGGGUUCAGGGGAAGGGGAGGGCUACACAGGGGUUUUCCACCUCGCUAGAGCACACACGUCUUGUGAACGGGUCUUAUGCUUGGAAUUUUCAUUUGCAUUCAUUCCCACUUUUACUGCUGUUAGUAUGCUCAGUGUGCGCAGGCUGAGACAGUAGUCCGUGUAGUUCAGUCUUUUGAUGGUUUUUUUGGUUAAUAUUUUUUACGGUUAUAGAUACAUUGGAUGACGUUUCUCUGAAUAAACACUCUCCACUGUU